UAUGGAGACACACCGUUGCAUACGUCUGCGAGGUAUGGACACGCUGGAGUGACAAGAAUCUUGAUUUCUGCGCUUUGUCGAGUAUCGGAUCAAAAUAAAAACGGCGACACAGCGUUGCACAUUGCGGCGGCGAUGGGACGUCGGAAGCUGACGAGGAUCCUGCUGGAGGCCGGCUGCGAUCGUAGCCUGCGGAACAAGCAGGGGGAGACCGCGAAGGACAUUGCCAGGCGCAAGAACCUCCAGGAGAUAUUGGAGAUAAUCGGUAAAGCGCGAAGCAAGAGCAGAACGCGGAGCAAGAGCCGCGAGGAGGAUAGCACGCCGGCGACUGUGGACAAGGUCGACGGGAAGAGCAGCAGCAAGAACGAGAAGAAGCGAGAGAAGACCGGUAGUGGUACCAGCGGCAGCAGGGAUAGUUGCACGAAGAAGGAGAAAAAGAAGCACAAAUCGUUCGGCAAGCAGAACAAGGUCCACUUCGAGAAGGCGGUGAUGGGUAGACAGUGGUCGCCGUACGGUUGUCACUACUAUCCCGAUCCGGAAGCGUUUCCCCAGCCGCGUUUGGACUCCCUGCCACCGGAUCCGCUCGGCCGUGGCGAGCAAUACUAUCUCGACUUGGCUGGCAACAUCAGAAAGGGCCCGGUGGGAGUGGGAUACACCUGCUACUGUGCGCCGUUCUUCAGGCAUAUGGAGGCUAAGCUGGAGAGGGACAAGGCCGAGCUGAAGGCCCACAUAGAUCAGGCGCACGAGAGAUUGGACUUGAAGGUGGCUAAUCUAGAAAGGAGGACCAGAGGGCAGAUCACCGAGUUGACGAGAUGCGUGGCGGCGGAGAGGUCCAGGUGCGACGAACGGCAUAUGCAUCUGCAGCAACGUCUUUCCAGAGGCGGGAAGGGAAGGCACAGCGAAAGACCGGCUAAAGCCACGUUCGCCAACGACCAACCGUUCCCACCUACCCGUGCCAGGUCUUUGGAGGAUCUACUGGAUGACAGACCUCACGACAGGAGCUUCGAGAUCCCCGGUGAAACACCGAUUCAUCGCGGCAGUCUCGACGAUCUUGAUAUUCCUGCAAUACCGCGGCUCAGCAAGUCCAUGAGGGACCUUCCGUCCGGUUCUGGUGUCUCGAGGUCAACGCUGAGGGUGCUCGACGUGCCGGCUAGAUUGAACGAAACGUUCGACGGGGUGAUCAAGCAGGAUCGCAGCUCGCCGCUAGGCGCCGCCUCCUCGCCGUCGAUCGGUUCCAGGCAGCAGGUCCAUCAGCAACGCGAUCUUACAUCUCGAGAUCAUGGCAAAAAUUCAUGCCAGGACGAAAGUAACGCAACACGAAAGAACGAGGACACAUUGAACGAGUGGAAAUCUUCCGGACGACGUAGUGUUCACGAGAUGAUUAAGCGAUUUCAACAAGUACCUGGCAUGCAUAACGGUUGGAGGGGUCCGCGUUCCGGAAGCAGCGAACCCACCAGUCCAGAGCACAGUCAGUGUUCCCAAAAUCAAAGAGUGCAGCCACAAGGUGGUGUAGGAAACAGCUGGCGUGGAGAAGGCAAUGAUAGCGAGAGCAGCGAGGGAGACGACGAACAACCAGAAGCAUUAAGCGGAGGGAUCUCUGGAAAAGGAGGAUUGUCAGAACAUGUGCACUAUGACAGCAUUGCCAGAAUGCCAUAUAGAUCCCGUAACGCGGUUUAUAGCCCAACGCCGCCUUUGCAUGACGCACACAAUGAUUCCGGAUACAGCACUCGCAUGUACGGUUCUAGCAAAGGUGCUUCGCCCUCAUUGUCAGGUCAAUUAGAAUGCGAUGUGAUUCUUCCGACUACACCAAACGCAUUCCCUAGUGGAGAACAACUGGCUGCACUCUUGGAACAACCAAGGAACCAUGAUCUUACGGUCUACGAACGUGGUGCCGACAAUUGCGUUAUUAAUAUCGGAACUGCGAGUCUUGUUUAAUGUGUACGAUUUUGAUUAAUGUGAAUAUAUAAAACGUAUCGUUUGGAAAUGAACUCUGUACUUCCAAAGACGUCGAUGUAUAAGUUAAUAAUGAUACCUACUCAAGUGUUAAUAUAA